AUGAGCCCAAACCAUACCCCAAAGCUACCACUAAACGAGCACAUCUCCAUAGUCACCGGCUGCUCCUCCGGCUUAGGCAAAGCCCUGACCAGCAGCAUCCAUGCCGCCGGCCACCGCAUCGUAGCCACGGCCCGCAACGCCGAUUCCCUCUCCUACCUACCCGACGGACCCAACAUCCUCAAACUCAGCCUAGAUGUCACUUCCAGGGAGGCCAUCACCCAGUCCCUGUCCGCAGCAGUGGAUAAGUUCGGCCGCAUUGACGUGGUCAUCAACAAUGCCGGAUACGCCCUCAUAGGCGACACCGAGGCCAUUCCCGAGUCCGACGCCCGGUUGCAAAUGGAGACCCUCUUCUGGGGGCCUGUGUUUCUGACCCAGGAGGCGGUUGGGAUUAUGAGGGACAGGAAUCCGCGGGGACAUGGAGGCACCAUCGUGCAGAUUUCUUCAAUCGGAGGCAUGUUGACGUUCCCGGGAAGUGCUUUCUAUCAUGCCAGUAAACAUGCUCUUAACGGCUUCACUGAUUCCUUCGCGAAGGAAAUGAAUCCAGACUGGAACAUCAAGUUUCUUGUCGUGGCCCCCGGGGGGAUUCGGACUAACUUUGAUUCGAGCAUGCAGCUUGCUGCGCGCCAUCCGGCGUAUGACACCCCCGAAGGCUCGCUCAAUCAGUUGGUUGCAUACAUUGGCAAUAAGGAGUUUCGGAAAUCUUGGUCGGACCCGGAACUAUGCGCUCGGGUGCUCUUUGAGGUCGUUGUGGGCCAGAAAGAACGGUCUCCGCCUCGGCGGUUGUUGAUGGGUGAAGGUGCUAUUGAGUUGUUAGUGGGGAGAGAUUUCCAGUAGUCGUUAAAGGAUCAAUCGAGAGGAUAUGCUUUCUGAGUAGUUUUUGAUGCCUAUCUGUGACCGAGCUCCUUGCUACGAAUAUUUCUAUCCAUUUCACUGCAGGUAACCGAAUCUUCAGCGGGAUAUGACCAUCAAGGGAUCUUCACGACGGCUCGGCCUUCAAUCUCAGAACGACCCAGGCGCUGCAAUACCUCAUCGAUCUUGUCAAACUCGAAGCAUUCAAUAUGUGCAGUCACAUCACCUGCCACUGCCAUCUCCAUCAGCGCGUCCAUUUCUUUCGCUGUUCCCGCAGAGUUUCCGACGAUCGUUAAACCUGUCAUAAGCACGGGUUGUCAGCUUUUUCCAAAAGAGUUUACCAUGGGCAUACCCU